AUGGCAGCCAAUAGCUUUGAAGAAAUAAGAAAUGAGACUGUCGAUCUCGAGCGCAUACCAGUUCAGGAGGUAUUUGAACAAUUGCAAUGCACCAAGGCCGGGUUGUCCACUGAAGAAGGACAGAAGAGACUCGAAGUCUUUGGACCAAACAAGCUAGAGGAGAAGGAGGAAAGUAAGUUUCUGAAAUUCUUGGGUUUCAUGUGGAAUCCUCUCUCAUGGGUCAUGGAGGCUGCUGCUAUCAUGGCUAUAGCAUUGGCAAAUGGAGGGGGUAAACCACCAGAUUGGCAAGAUUUUGUGGGUAUUGUUUCAUUACUCUUUAUAAACUCCGCCAUAAGUUUCAUUGAAGAAAACAAUGCGGGGAAUGCUGCUGCAGCACUUAUGGCAGGUCUUGCACCAAAAACCAAGGUUCUAAGAGAUGGAAGAUGGGGUGAGCAAGAGGCAGCAAUCUUGGUACCAGGAGAUGUGAUCAGUAUUAAGUUGGGAGAUAUCGUCCCAGCAGACGCUCGCCUCUUGGAGGGAGACCCCCUCAAGAUCGAUCAGUCUGCGCUCACUGGUGAGUCUUUACCAGUUACAAGGAAUGCAGGUGAUGAAGUUUUCUCUGGCUCUACGGUUAAGCAAGGCGAGAUUGAGGCAGUUGUUAUCGCCACUGGUGUGCAUACCUUCUUCGGCAAGGCUGCACAUCUGGUUGACAGCACAAAUCAAGUAGGACACUUCCAAAAGGUUUUGACUGCCAUUGGAAACUUCUGCAUAUGCUCAAUUGCUCUAGGAAUGAUAAUAGAGAUAGUGGUGAUGUAUCCAAUUCAGCGCCGGAGGUACAGAGAUGGAAUUGAUAAUCUUUUGGUGCUUCUCAUUGGAGGCAUUCCAAUUGCCAUGCCAACGGUGUUGUCGGUGACAAUGGCUAUUGGUUCCCACCGGCUGUCACAGCAGGGUGCCAUCACCAAGAGAAUGACAGCAAUUGAGGAGAUGGCUGGAAUGGAUGUUCUCUGUAGUGACAAGACUGGAACUCUUACUCUAAACAAACUUACAGUAGACAAGACCAUGGUCGAGGUGUUUGUGAAAGAUGUGGACAAGGACAAUUUGAUCUUGCUUGGGGCAAGAGCUUCUAGAGUUGAGAAUCAGGAUGCUAUUGAUGCUUGUAUUGUUGGAAUGUUGGGCGAUCCCAAGGAGGCCAGAGAAGGUAUCACUGAGGUUCAUUUCUUGCCCUUUAAUCCAGUGGAUAAGCGUACAGCCAUAACUUAUAUCGACUCUGAAGGCAAUUGGCACCGAGUUAGCAAAGGUGCACCAGAGCAGAUCAUUGAACUCUGCAACCUCCGGGAAGAUGUAAAAAGGAAAGCUCACGCCAUCAUCGAUAAGUUUGCAGACCGUGGUCUUCGAUCUCUUGCUGUUGGUAGACAAGCUGUGCCCGAAAAAACCAAGGAAAGUGCAGGUGAGCCAUGGCAGUUUGUUGGUCUGCUGCCUCUAUUUGAUCCACCAAGGCAUGACAGCGCAGAGACUAUCCGCCGAGCACUUAAUCUCGGUGUCAAUGUCAAGAUGAUCACUGGCGAUCAGCUAGCCAUUGGGAAGGAGACUGGUCGGAGGCUUGGCAUGGGAACCAACAUGUACCCUUCUUCUUCUCUCCUUGGUGAAAGCAAAGACGAAUCCAUUUCUGGAAUCCCUAUUGAUGAGCUCAUUGAGAAAGCUGAUGGCUUUGCUGGUGUCUUCCCUGAACACAAAUAUGAAAUCGUCAAAAGGCUGCAAGACAAGAAACACAUAUGUGGAAUGACUGGAGAUGGUGUGAACGAUGCCCCAGCUCUCAAGAAGGCAGACAUUGGAAUUGCAGUGGCUGACGCAACAGACGCAGCUCGUGGUGCGUCCGACAUAGUCUUGACAGAGCCGGGGUUGAGUGUGAUUAUAAGCGCGGUUUUGACAAGCAGAGCCAUCUUCCAAAGGAUGAAGAAUUACACCAUAUAUGCAGUUGCCAUAACUAUUCGUAUUGUGCUAGGAUUUCUGCUCCUUGCUCUUAUCUGGAAGUUUGAUUUCUCACCUUUCAUGGUGCUGAUCAUUGCUAUACUAAACGAUGGGACCAUCAUGACUAUUUCUAAAGACAGAGUGAAGCCGUCUCCUGUUCCUGACUCAUGGAAGCUUAAGGAGAUCUUUGCCACUGGCACGGUUCUUGGGACGUACUUGGCUGUCAUGACAGUUGUUUUCUUCUGGCUUGCUCAGAGUUCUGAUUUUUUCACUGAUAAUUUCGGGUUAAAACCUAUCAAGAAUAAAGAAGAUGAGCUCACUGCAGCUGUUUACCUUCAAGUUAGCAUUGUAAGUCAGGCACUAAUCUUCGUCACAAGGUCUCGAAGCUGGUCUUUUGUUGAACGCCCUGGUUUCUUCCUCAUGGUUGCCUUCCUCAUAGCUCAACUGGUGGCUACUCUCAUAGCAGUGUAUGCAAACUGGACUUUUGCUCGAAUGAGUGGGAUUGGCUGGGGAUGGGCUGGUGUUAUAUGGCUUUACAGCAUCAUCUUCUACAUUCCAUUGGAUAUUCUCAAGUUCAUUAUUCGGUAUGCAUUGAGUGGCAAGGCCUGGGACAAUUUACUUCAGAAUAAGACUGCUUUCACCAAUAAGAGGGAUUAUGGAAGAGGAGAAAGGGAAGCUCAAUGGGCAUUGGCUCAACGUACCCUUCAUGGCCUUCAGAGUCCCCAAACGACAGAUAUCUUGAAUGAUAGUAAGAACAACUACAGGGAAUUGUCUGAAAUAGCUGAACAAGCUAAAAAGAGAGCUGAAGUUGCAAGGUUAAGGGAGCUUCAUACACUCAAAGGGCAUGUUGAAUCAGUUGUCAAGCUCAAAGGACUUGACAUAGAAACAAUUCAGCAACACUACACAGUUUGAGAGCCUUGUUCUUCUUUUUUUUGGCAAACAGAUAAUUAAAGAGAGAAAGAGAAAAGAAACAUAAACUUAAACUUAAAACUAUGGAAUUGUAGUGCUUGCACUCUUUUUCUAUUUUCUUAUAUGGCUUUUAUAUAUGGGAAAAUUGCAAAGAGUUGAGAA